AUGGUUCGCCUUACCUUGUUCGCUCUUGCCACCUCGGCUCUCGCCAUCCUCUCCGGCGCUCGUCCAAUCAACCGCGCUUCGGUUGCUCUUACGCGCCGUGCCGCUUUCGUCGAGCAAAGCUACGCCGACUUCCAGAUCUCUGACGGUGUGGCCGGAAACGCCCAGGCGGAGGCCAACGCCGUUUUCGUUGACCCCUUCGACGGCGUCGACCUCAGCACCGUCGACUCCGCCACUUUGGACGCGAUUAACACCAUGCGUGAGGCCGCCGAGUCGGCCGAGACGGAUCAGUUUGACCCCCAGAUCGCCGCGACCAGCGGUGCCGACGCCGACGCGCUCCAGGUCGGCAAGAUCAAGAACAAGGUGUUGAAGCUCACUGGCGAGGUCCAGGGUAUCAACAUCAAGAUUGCUCAAGCGAAGGCCAAGGGCGAGGACACCUCUGACUUGGAGAGCUCCCUGUCGGAGGAGCAGACCAAGCUCACCACCAACAUCAAGACCGAUGUGGCUUCGGCUGGUCAGCCGUCGAAGGGCGUUGCAUAA